AUGGUAUUAGCCCGCGUGGCUGAAUACUUGUUCCCGUCCGACACCAUUUCACAUCAUGCUUCGACAGAGACGGCGGCACAACAGGACCAUCAAGAAAAAAGAGUGCAGCAGGUGUUAAAUAUGGAGGAAGAAGAAGACCGGCCGCCAUACGUUCAUGCAAUGCUUGCAGGAGGUCUUGGUGGUUUGAUGGGUGAUAUGCUCAUGCAUUCGCUCGACACAGUCAAGACAAGGCAACAAGGCGACCCUCACAUGCCACCAAAAUACACAUCCAUGGGCUCGACCUACCGCACUAUCUGGCGCCAGGAGGGUUUGGUACGAGGACUGUAUGGAGGUGUCACACCUGCUUUCCUUGGAUCCUUUACCGGUACCAUGACUUUCUUCGCUGCCUACGAGUAUUCCAAGCGUGCCAUGAUUGAUUACGGCGUUACUCCCUCCGUCGCAUAUUUCACCUCUGGUUUCUUUGCCGAUCUGGCAGCCUCUCCCUGGUAUGUCCCUUCUGAGGUCCUCAAGACACGGCUGCAAUUGCAGGGCCGGCACAACAACCCCUACUUCUACAGUGGCUACAAUUACCAUGGCACAUGGGAUGCUUUUAGAACGAUCAUUCGUGUCGAAGGAUGGAGGGAGAUGUUCUCUGGAUACUCUGCCACACUGGCACGCGACCUGCCUUUUUCCGCUUUGCAAUUCGCCUUCUACGAACAAGAACAAAAGAUAGCAAAAGCUUGGAUGGGAAGUAAGGACAUUGGUCUUGGAUUGGAGAUAUUCACUGGUGCAAGCGCCGGAGGAAUGGCUGGCGUCAUUACAUGUCCACUCGAUGUGGUCAAAACACGUAUUCAAACUCAACUGGACCCCGAGUUUGCACACGCUGCUGCUUCACAAGCCUCAAAGACUGGCCCGGCAGUCAGUCCCGCGAGCACAACGCAUAGGCCUACAAGGCAAGCACCUUCGAUACACGACGCAAAAAGACCUAUAUCGACCGGAGGGCCAUCGACCGCUUUGAAGAACCACGGAGCGGUCGCUCUCGAGACCGAUAAUGUCAUCGCAGGCCUGAAGGUGAUUUACAAGCAUGAGGGUUUUGCUGGUCUUUUCCGAGGCGUAGGCCCACGUUUCGUAUGGACGAGUGUACAAAGCGGGACCAUGCUUGUCAUGUACCAGCAGCUCCUCAAAUAUUUCGAGUUACAUCCGCUCGUUGCUUCAGACGACGAUGAGUUGGCGCUGUCAUAA